AAGGGAAGGGUCUUGACAAGUAAAUUAUCGUUAUUUAAUAAUUUAAAAAAGCCCUAACAGCGCAAACAGCACGCAGAAAGAGACAUAAACGCGAAGCAGCGAGAUUUAGCUGCUAGGGUUUUUCUCUUCUCUUUCGAUUUCAAAAAUCUCUGACGGUUUUUCUUUUGAUACGAUGUCUCGUGUCUAUGUGGGUAACUUGGAUCCUCGAGUCACUGAGCGUGAUCUUGAAGAUGAGUUCCGCAGAUUUGGGGUCAUAAGAAGUGUAUGGGUUGCACGAAGACCACCAGGCUAUGCAUUUAUUGACUUCGAUGAUAAAAGGGAUGCAGAUGAUGCAAUCCAUGAAUUAGAUGGCAAGAAUGGUUGGAGAGUUGAGCUUUCUCACAAUUCAAGAGGUGGUGGAGGCCGUGGUGGUGGCCGUGGUCGCUCUGGUGGUUCCGACUUGAAGUGUUAUGAAUGUGGGGAACCUGGUCAUUUUGCCCGUGAAUGCCGCCUACGUGUUGGUUCUGGAAGGCGACGCAGCCGCAGCCCUAGAUAUCGCAGGAGUCCUAGCUAUGGUCGAAGGAGCUACAGCCCGCGUGGACGAUCUCCCAAGCGCCGCAGCAUUUCACCUCGUGGGCGCAGUUAUAGCAGGUCACCACCAUACCGUGGUCGUGAAGAGCUGCCAUAUGCCAAUGGAAAUGGUAUAAGGGAUCGACGCCGAAGCAGGAGCUAAAGUUGCACUCUGGUAUAAUUGCCGUUGUUGAGACGAUACUAAGAUUAAGUGUGUUUAUUAUGUUUGGACUUCAGUACGACUGUGUUUUAAAUGGGCAACGCCCUCAGCCUCUUGGAUUUGGAUAAGUUUCUUAUACUUAUUACUAUGUUGGUUAUUUUCUAUAUUCCAUGUAGGAUAGUUUAGGACUUUUCCUGGAAGAAGUUUCUGUAGGUAUUAUUUAUGAGUUUAUUGAGACAGAUUGUCCGUAAGACUGGUGCUAAAAAUUUAUGCUUUUGUUUUUG